GCGGCCGUGUUUCUGUACUCGGUCAGCCAUCAAAACAUCAGUUUGCAUACUCCUCUUUACGUCGCGCUCGCUACAUCCAAACAUAUUUCAUUAUGGCGCCCGUACCGAUGGACCUCGACGACGCGUCUCCUGCCUUGCGGGGUCUAGGUGGUGUGAAUGGCCCUCCCACUGCACCAGUCACCGAGGUGAUUGCAAACUUCAGGCCAACCAAGCUGUUCAAUCGUGAAGACAUCGAGGACAACAAGUCGAAUCCUUACAUUCUCUCGAUCGAUUUCGACGACCCGGGCGAGCUUUGCAUGACCUCUGAGAGCGAUAGGACGAUUCAGAUCUACAAUGUCAAAGAGGGUCGACAUGACAAGAUGCUCAUCAGCAAGAAGUAUGGUGUGAAGCUUGCCAAGUUCACCCACACAAGUUCAAGUGUCAUUUACGCCAGUACUCGCGAAAAUGACGCGAUCAGAUAUCUCGCAACCCACGACAGCUCCUUCAUCCGCUACUUUGACGGCCACGAAGGCGCCGUGACCUGUCUCACCAUGCACCCGGGCACCGACAACUUUAUCUCCUGCAGCCUUGACAACACGGUUAGGUUAUGGAACACCCAAACCAAGAACUGGACCGGUACACUCUAUCUCAACACCCCCUACCUGUCGGCGUGGGACCCGUCGGGCCAGGUGUUCGCGGUUGCUAGCCCUAGCAGCGGAAGCAUUCUCCUCUACGACUAUCGCAACUACCAUAAAGCGCCGUUCUCGACGUUCGACCUCGUCAAAGCCAGAGGGCCCGCCGAUCCAGAAAUGGCCUUUAGGGGAUGGACGAAGCUGGAGUUCUCCAACGACGGGAAGCACAUCCUUCUUGGGUCGCGAGGCAACGGCCAUUUCCUGCUGGACUCGUUUGACGGCAGCCUCAAAGCCUUCCUCAGGAAGCCGAACGGUGGUACAAGACGGCUUGCCGCCGGCGAGAACGACGGCGGACACGUGGAAAGCAGCGGCGAGUGCUGCUUCACCCCUGACGGUCGCUAUGUCUUGAGCGGUGGAAAAUCAGACUUGUUGGUCUGGGACACGCUCAUGACACCAGACUCGAAGCAAGUCUUGGAGCCGGCGCAUAUUUUGGAAGAGAAGAGAGAGGCAGCCGUGGUGGCGUACAACCCGCGGUACAACAUGAUUGCGACGGCAGACCAGGAGCUGCUGUUUUGGCUUCCAGACCCCUCCAAUUCGUAGAAAGAAAAGUAUGGGGUGAAGUCGGCAGACGAGUAUUUCUUAUGGCAGGACAAGAUCCCUUGGGACGACAAUGUUCCAGAGGAUGGUUAGGGGCGUGCCAUUUUUUAUUUAUUUUUUGGUUGUAAAGUAGCAGUUAUGAUACCCAUGGGAUAUUUCGGGCGUAUUGGCGCGGGCAAAAAAGCUUUGUAGACAAAAGUAGUGUUGUUGAAUAAUUUGAUUUGGGGUUAUCUUUUGAGCAUUUUUUUAUUUAUUGAGCUGCUGAGACGUCGAUGCUGUUU